AUGGCGGCGGCGCCGAGCACAGUCGCACCGCUGGCGGCGGAGUCUUCCCCUCAGGAAGCUACCGUCUCUGCCGCCUCCUCCUCCUACACCGCCUGCGCGGCGGCGGCGGUGGCGGCGGCAGUGAUUGUGCCUGCCUCCUCCGCCACCUCCACCCCUGCCAGCCCGCCUGCCGGUGGCUGUGGCGACGGCGGCGGCGGCUUUGGCGGCUCCACUAUGGCGGCGGCGGGGAGGGGGGGCAGUAGUUUUAAAGUAGACACCCGCCCUUGCCUCAGAGAAGAUAUGACUUGGAGUGAAGAGGAGAAGACUGAACUUUAUACAGAUAACUUUUGUAAUAUUUGUGGAGUGGUGCUACAGUUUGAAUCACAAAGGAUUUCACAUUAUGAGAGUGAAAAACAUGCUCAAAAUGUUAGGUUUUAUUUUCAAAUGCAUGGGGAACAAAAUGAAGUGCCUGGUAAGAAAAUGAAGAUGGAUGUUAGGAAUUUUCAGGUCCACAGGAGUGAAGUAGCGGACAGAAACAAAUUUUGUGAUCUCUGCAACAUGAUAUUUAGCUCCCCAGUUGUUGCUCAGUCUCACUAUGUGGGAAAAGUCCAUGCUAAAAAACUGAAGCAAUUAAUGGAGGAGAAUGAUCAGGUAUCUCCAUCAGGAUUUCAGCCAGAGAUGGCAUUUAGUAUGAGAACCUACGUUUGCCAUAUUUGUAAUAUCACCUUUACAUCUUUAGAAAUGUUCCGAUCCCAUAUGCAAGGAAGUGAACACCAAAUUAAAGAAUCCAUUGUUAUCAACCUAGUGAAGAAUUCAAAGAAGACACAAGACUCUUAUCAAGAUGAAUGUGCAGAUUACAUCAAAGUGCAGAAAGCCAGAGGAUCAGAGUCCAAGACUUGUUUCAGAAAGAUGGAAGAGGAUUCUCUGGAAACCCGUGGGUACAGGGAAGUAGUUGAUUCCAGGUCCAGACAUAGAAUGUUUGAAGAAAGACUCCCAUGUGAGUCUUUCCGGACAUACCCAGGAUCAUACAAUAUUUCACAAACAGGAGAAAACCAAUUACCUCAUUGCUCACCAGCUCAUUCAAAGAGGACCUAUGACUCUUUCCAAGAUGAACUGGAAGAUUACAUCAAAGUGCAGAAAGCCAGAGGACUAGAUCCAAAGAUUUGUUUCAGAAAGAUAAGAGAGAACUCUAUGGAAACCCGUUGGUACAGAGAAGUUGAUUCUCGACCCAGACAAAGAAUAUUUGAGCAAAGAUUUUCACUUGAGACUUCCCAGACCUACCAACAACCAUAUAAUAUUUCACCAGUGGAAAGCCAAUUACAUCACCGGUUACCAGCUCAUUCAAAGAGGACUUAUGAUUCUUUCCAAGAUGAACUUGAAGAUUACAUCAAAGUGCAGAAAGCCAGAGGACUAGAGCCAAAGACUUGUUUUAGAAAGAUUAGUGAUAGCUCUACGGAAACCCAUAAGUACAAAGAAAUGGUUGAUUCCAGACCCAAACAUAGAAUAUUUGAGCAAAAACUCCCAUUUGAGAUUUCCCAGACCUAUACAGGAUCAUACAGUAUUUCACAAGCAGUAGAAAACCACUUACCUCAUUGCUUACCAACUAAUGACAGCAAACAGAGACUAGACUCCAUGACCUCUUGUCAACCCAUCAGAGACUAUUUCCCAGAAAAACCAGUACCCCUGAGCCUUAGUCAGCAAGAAAAUAACUCUGGCCCAUACAGUGUAGAAUCUGAAGUUUACAAGCACCUCUCCUCAGAAAACAGUACCAGUGACCAUCAAGCAGAUCAUAAACGGAAACAUCAGAAAAGAAGAAGACACCUGGAGGAAAGUGAAGAAAGGCCAGAGAAAGAAGAGCAGUCCAAGCAUAAAAGGAAAAAGAGUUAUGAGGAUACUGAUCUAGAUAAGGACAAGAGCAUCCGACAAAGGAAAAGAGACGGAGAUAAAGUCAGUGUCAGUUCAGGAAAGCUUAAACAUCGAAAAAAGAAAAAAAGCCAUGGUGUACCCACUGAGAAAGAAGAACGUAAGCACAAGAAAGAGAAAAAGAAAUCUGUUGAAGAAAAGACAGAAGAGGAAAUGCUUUGGGAUGAGUCUAUUCUUGGCUUUUGAGCUUUUAGUUUUGUUUACCCAAGGAUGAAUUGAAGAAAUCAGUUAAGAACAUGGAUUUAGACAAACAGAACAUCUAGUGAAGAAAAGGAGCAGUGGAUACAGUCAAUGUCAGUUCAGGAAAGCUUAGUUUUUGUGUGUAUAAAUUAAAAUUGAAUUGAAAGAAGAAACAAACAAGCUUAGACCUACCCUCUGAGAAAGAAUGUAAGAAAAACAUAAAAACACAACAAGAACAUAAGAGAAAAGGAAACCUGUUGAAGAAAAGACGAGAGUCAAUGUUUUGGGAGGAAUCUGUUCUAGGAAUUUGAACAUUUCAUUUUGUUUACCUAAGGAUGAAUUAAAGAAAUCAGUUUAGAAAAUGGAUUUAGACAAAAAACAAAAACAUCCAAUGAAGAAGAGAAGAGGUGAAUAUGGUUAUUGUCAAUUCAGGAAAGCUUAGUUUUUUGGGGGGGUAUAAAAAUUGAAAAUGAAUUGAAAGAAGAAACACACAUAAACCUAGCCUCUGAGAAAGAAGAACAUAAGAACACAGAAUAGAAAAGAAAAG